AUGUCGUUGAGUAGUGCUGAAGAGAUAGCCAAAGAGGCCAAGGCAGCCUUCGAGGCCUCCCAGCUUCUAAGAGAGUCGGAACGCGGACGCGCCUUGCUCGAAAUCCAGCAUGAAUUGCAAGCGCGCAAAGACUCAAUCCUGGCCGCGAAUAAGGAGGAUUUGGCUGCAGCUCAGAUAGAAGUUGACGCAGGACGCAUGUCGAGCGCGUUGCUCAAACGUCUUGAUCUGACCAAGGGCGACAAGUGGGACUCAAUGCUCCAGGGCGUGCAACAGAUUGCGGACCUACCGGAUCCGAACGGCGUCGUCUCGUAUGCGAACGAGCUCGAUGAUGGCUUGCAGCUCUACCGCAUCUCGUGUCCGAUCGGCGUAUUGCUCGUUAUCUUCGAGGCACGUCCGGAGGUCGUAGUGAAUAUCGCAGCUUUGGCUAUCAAGUCUGGUAAUGCCGCUAUAUUGAAAGGUGGAAAGGAAUCGGCUCGAACUGCUCAGCUCAUCUCCGAAGCCAUACAAGCUGCACUGUCCCGCACAGAACUCCCCGCGACAUACAUCCAAACCGUGCAAACACGAGCGGAAGUCUCAUCUCUAUUGUCGCUGGAUCAGUACAUUGACCUUGUAAUCCCGCGAGGGAGUAACGAGCUCGUGCGCAACAUCCAAAACAAUACGCGGAUCCCUGUCAUGGGCCACGCCGAUGGACUCUGCAAUGUGUAUCUCGACGAGAGCGCUGAUAAGGAGAAGGCGAUCAGGAUAGUAGUCGAUUCUAAGACUGACUACCCAGCUGCUUGCAAUGCUGCGGAAACGCUCCUUGUACACGAGAGUCUGCUGCAGACGGUAUGGCCGGCUGUAGCAGAUGCACUUGCCCAGAAGUCAGUAAAGCUUCUAUGCGAUGAAGCUGCACUAGCCGCCAUCCCGGCUUUGCGUGGUUCUGCAGCAGAGCCGGCGCCCGCAGACGCUUACAGGACCGAGCACCUUUCACUGGUCCUGUCGGUCAAAGCCAUUCCGUCAUUAUCCGCCGCGAUCAAGCAUAUCAACGCACACUCGUCGCACCAUACGGAUUGUAUCGUCACUGAGGACGAGGAAGCUGCGCGUAUAUUCGUUCGCGGCGUCGACUCUGCAGGGACAUACGUGAACGCGAGCACACGGUUCGCGGAUGGCUUCCGAUAUGGGUUCGGCGCGGAGGUCGGCAUUGCGACGGGACGCAUUCAUGCGAGGGGUCCUGUCGGGUUGGAAGGGCUUUGCACGUAUAAGUACGUGCUGAAGGGUGCUGGGCAUAUCGUGGGCGAGUUUGGAUCUGGUGCAGGACAGAAGAAGUUUAAGCAUAAGCCAUUACCAAAGGAUGGUCUGCCGCAGGCACUCGUGUAA